UUUUUUUUUCAUUGCAGGUAGCAAAACAGGUCCCACAGAGGCGAUGAGGAAGUAGUCUCACUGAUUCGUUCGCUGACAAAAAAGUUUCCCAGAAUUCCCAGCGGCCAUGAAGCUUCGAUUGCACUUUGUGGUGGACCCUAUGGGCUGGCUGUGCAUCAGUGUGGUAUUUGGGAUCUGGCUCUACAACACCUUUUUUGUUCCCAAACUGGUUCUGUUUCCACACUACAAUGAGGGACACAUUCCUUGGGCCAUUGUUGUUUGUUACUACAUAGCAUCAGGACUCUGCCUAGCAGCACUGUUCAGAGCUUCCACGGCAGAUCCAGGCCGUCUUCCUGUGGACCCACACAUACCUCAUGCUGAGAGAGAGCACUGGGAGUUGUGCAAUAAGUGCAACUUAAUGAGACCUAAAAGGUCGCACCACUGCAGUCGCUGUGGCCACUGUGUGCGCAGGAUGGACCACCACUGUCCCUGGAUUAAUAACUGUGUGGGAGAGGACAACCACUGGCUCUUCCUGCAGCUGUGUUUCUAUGCUCAGGUCCUCAGCUUAUUCACACUGGUGCUGGACUUCUGUCAGUACUAUUACUUCCAGCCCCUGACAGGACUAGACCAGGAAAAGUUCACUACACGUCACGAACUGGCUCUGCUGCGAAUCUCUGCGCUAAUGGGCGUGGUCAUGUUUGGAGGCAUGUCUUCUUUGUUUUACACACAGAUGACUGGCAUCCUCUCAGAUAUGACCACCAUCGAGAAAAUGGCUCACUUUUCAAAUGAAACAUAUGGCGCAAAGAGAUCCUGGCAGUGGGCGCUAGCUGAAGUUUGUGGCACUCGCUGGAAACUCUUUUGGCUCAUCCCACUCCGAAGCAGACAGCCACUUAACGCCAGCCACCAGUUCCGCUCACACGUGUAGGCCGGUAGCGCUCCCACCUGCACAGAUGGUAGGAGCUGCCCUGAUGAAACACUGUAUACACACCUAAGAAUCCAUCUGCUCGCCUUCACCAUCCUUUUUUGUGCUACGAGAGCUGGGCAGCAGUCUUGGUUUUUCAGUGGAUAUGCCAAGUUUUUUUUUUUUUUUUUUCGUUUGCCUUUCUCUACAAGGCCCAGACUGGCAGAAAACAGGGUCAAGAAACACCUUUGGGAGUAAUGGGAAAAUGUUGUGUUUUUAACUCACUGUGACUGCUACUUUAAGCAUUUGGAAACCACUUUUUCUGGCUAAUUGCAAAAGAAGGAUGGAGGUUUUCAUCUGAAAGCAGCUGGCAAAGGAAUCCCCCCUCUCAGGUUACUUUAAUAAAGAGCCUUGACUACUGACCUUUAAUCAUCUACAGACAGAACAACGGUUAUUUUAGUAUGUCUAUUAGACUGGCGUUUUUUUGUAAGAAGUUUGUGCCUUGUUUCUUUUAGCGGUCCUCUUAAUUUGUGUGUGUUUGUUUGAUGUUUUCCAGCUACUUCUAGUUUGGAAGCUUUUUUUAAUUUUUUUGUAUUGUGUUUGUUUAUUUAUAAUUUUUUGUAAAGGGACCUGUCUAUUAUCAGCGAUGUUCUUUUGCUGUUUAUAAUUUGAAGAUUUGUAAAUCAUUUGGGGUUUGUUGUUGUUUUUAAAAUUUGGGAUUGUUCUAUGAAUAAGUACUCUGUGAACCAUUAAUUUACGAAGAAUGGAGCAGAACAAAGUUGAUAAUUUGAACGACAAUUUGUAGUCCUUUUAUAACAAAUAGGCAGCCUGGUAUGAACGUGUGUUAUGGAGAGCAGUUAAUUCCCACUUUGCUAUGGCAAAAAUCCACAUUAGAAACGAGCUUAUACAAUCAAUGUUAGAGUUGUAUGUUGUGGUCAGAUUGCUGCAUAAUCAAGAAUAUAACAUUCCUUGGCCAAUUAAUGUAAUGACUUGAUUACAACAUGGUAUUACUUUGUUUUAGAAGGCAUUUAGGUGUCAUGUUCUGCCUUCAAAGAUAACUUAAAUCAAGCUGCCUUUCUUAAAUGCCUAGUUUAACCUCAUGCCCCACUUAUGUUUGCAAAUGUGAAACUAUAGCUAGCAGCUAGUUAGCUUAGCUUAGCAUGAUGUAAACUGUGUAAACAUAAACAACUAACAUUUUUUUUAAAUACUUUAAAAAAAUAUUUUAAGUCAGUAAGAUAAAUCCUAGCAGUUGGUGAGGUUUUCCUACCUUUGGAUAACACCAAGCUAACAAGCUAAUUUUAGUUUAUGGUCUUAAAGCUAGGUAGCUUUAAGAUCACAGCUACUGGCUAGUUUUGCUUAACGCUAAGCUAAACCAGGUAGCUACUGGCUAGUUUAGCGUAAUGCUAAGCUAAACUAGAUAGCUACUGGCUAGUUUAACUAAGUUACAUGGCUUGCUUAUAGCCUCAUAGUACCUGAAGGAUGUAGAAGUGAUAUCAGUUUUGUUUACACCAUGAUUUUCCCCCAAAUGUUAGCCUUUUCCUUUAAGUCAAUCUGUUUAGCUAAAAUGUAUGUACAGUACAAUCUGUUAGCAAAAACAACAUGACCAUUUUUUUUUUUUAAAAUUUAGACUGUUGACAAUAUAAUUUCUUAUUGAUAUUUACCACAUUUUUGCUGCUGCUGCUGUAGGUAGGUCUUAAAUGCAUCUGAACACGCAAACUUUGUUAAUGCUGUCAGCAAAACUGGCAGAUUAGCCUACUUGUGGUGACUUACAGCUAGUUAACCCUUGACAAGACAUUGGCAACUUAUUUAUGGUGGUUUUACUGUAAGUGCGUGGAACUGUUUAGAGAUUUUAUUGACUUCAUUAAUGAGAUACUUAAGGUAAUGAUAGUACUAGCAUUGCGUGGUUGUCUUCAAUACUUGGCAAUCUCUUAGCUAAACCUGUAUGUAAACAAAGCUUGUCAUGUGUUGGGAAAUAGUACAAUAUCCAAGUAGUUGUAAGUGCCUGUCUACUUUAUUUCAUUGUUAUUUACUGUCACAGUCCAUAAUCAUCGUUGUAUGGCUGUCUACAAGCCAAAGACCUGGGGAAAUGUUGCAAUAGUCAUCAAGCAUACAGUAAGUGCAUGUUUCACCAAAUUUGUGAAGGUAGCGGUUCAAUAUUAUGCACUGAAUUUCACAUUCGCACACAGUCUCGUUUUAUUGCAAUCGUGGUACUUAUGAAAGGAAGUCUUUUUUCAUAUUUAUGAUGUGUUCAGGUUGUUUGCAUUUGCAUGAAUGUGUAUUAUUGAUGACUCUGUGAUUUUUUUAUAAUGCAUAUUCAGGUUCCUGGGUGUCUGUGUGUGUUUUUAUUAUUAUUUUGGGGUCGGUUUAAUGAGGAGAUAAAUUUGCAUGAUUGGCACUUUUUUGUUUUUCGUUAUCAUUUUUGAAGCAAUAAGCAUUGUGUAUCAGUAAAGCCAUCUUUUUGCAGUCCUCACUCCUGAACCAGUAAUUACACGACUUGAACAUCUGUCCUUAUUUCAGUAAACCUCUGCAGCACACACUGGUGUGUGUUUAUUGUCAGCUAAUAGUUAGUUAAGUAAUCGAUUAACAAUAUGUUGGCCUCUACAGCUCAUGUUGAUUAUACUGGAAUAGCUGAAAGGCUCUCAUGAAUUAUUUUGAGUCGUAACCUGCAGCAAGCUGAAGGUUUAAAUAUUUCUAAUGUGUUUACUUUUUUCCCCUCUCAGCUGCCAUCUGGCACCCCCAGAUCUCUAAAUCCAUGCAUCUUGUUCAUUUUCAGUUUUUUGAAAAGAGUUUUCAGGCCUUAUUUUGUUUAAUUCUAAUAACAGUGGAACUGUUAUGUUUUGUAAGUUAAUUUGUUACUCCAUAAAUAUGUUUCUUUAUGUUUAGGAAGCCUAUGACAAGUUGGCAAUUUAUUAUGUUACAAAACUACUAUUGUGAUUAUAAAAGGUAUAUAGGUAUUCAUAUUCAAAUAAAUUUGAUUCUGAAUAAA